AAAAGUGGGAUAAGAGUAUUUAUUUAUCAAGUCCUACAAAAAUGUAUAGUCAAGGUCAAUGGUGGGGACUGGUGUAUUGCGCGUCUGUUGGGUGAGAAAUUAAAUUCCAACUCAGUUUGGGUGUUGAUAAGUCUUUGCAUUAGAUUUUUCAACACAUCUCUACUCUUUACUUCUUCUUCUUCUCCAUUGAAGAAUUGAUUUGGAUGGCGGCUGCAAAAGUAGAAUGUUUGUGGUUAGUAGCUUGGGGUUGGAGUUGGAUUAUGCAAUCCCAAGGGCAGCAAACUUAUGUAAACAACAAGCAGCUGGACUGCUACAACCCCGCCUUCGAUAACUUCACCCAUGGAUUUCACUGCAACGCUCUCCGAUCAUCCUGCCAAUCCUACCUCACCUUCCGCUCUGCUCCGCCCUACUACACCACUCCUGUCUCCAUCUCUUAUCUUUUGGGCGCCCCACAGUCCGCCUCUCUGGUUGCUUCCCUCAACAACGUCUCCUCCGACUUCGCCUCCGUUCCCGCCGACACUCAGCUCAUCGUCCCCGUCACCUGCUCCUGCCAUGCCCGCCGCUACUACCAGCACAACGCCACCUACGCUCUCAAGCUCCCUACAGAGACUUACUUCAACGUGGCCAACGACACCUACCAGGGGCUCUCCACCUGCCAGGCCAUGAUAGCUCAGAACCCUUACGGCGACCGAAAUCUGACGGUGGGCAUGCAGCUGCAAGUCCCCCUGAGGUGCGCCUGCCCGACUGCCAAUCAGACAGCUAUGGGGUUCAACUACUUGGUCACCUACAUGGUCACUUGGGGUGAUUCCAUCUCUUCCAUCGCUCAAUUAUUCGGCGUCCCCCAGCAGUCUAUCUUAGACGCAAACGAGCUGUCCUCUACCAGCAUCAUUUUUCCCUUCACCCCAAUUCUCGUUCCUUUGACCACCCAACCCACUGCCCUCAAACCUCCGGUGGACGGUCCUCCUCCUGCCGCCCCAUCUCCCCAGAUCCCCAUUGUCCCUGCGGCCGAGGACAAUUCUUCCACCAACAGAAAGUGGGUGUUUGUGGGUGUUGGAUUAGGAGUUGCUUUGCUUCUUGUUUUCAUGCUGCUUGGACUUCUGUUUUGGUACCGCAGGCUUCAUCCUAAGCCUAAACCUAUCCUCCACACUUCACUGCCUAAUGACAAGCCGCUACAGUCGGACUCAGCUGUGGUUCCCUGUAGCAAAUCUUGGUCUACAUCUUCCGAUGGCGUUGCAUUUGCUAUCGAGUCGUUGACAGUGUAUAAGUUUGACGACUUACAGAAGGCCACCUCCUAUUUCAGCGAAGAUAAUAGAAUUAAGGGAAGUGUUUACAAGGGAUCCUUCAAGGGGGACGCAGCUGCCGUGAAGGUAGUGAAGGGAGACGUCUCCGGGGAGAUCAACAUUCUGAAGAAGAUCAACCAUUCUAACAUCAUCAGGAUGUCUGGUUUCUGCCUCCAUGAUGGCAAUACCUACCUAGUUUACGAGUUGGCUGACCACGGGGCUCUCAGCGACUGUCUCCGUGAUGUUCCCGCACUGACUUGGAAGCAAAGAGUUCAGAUUGCCCACGAUGUCGCUGACGCCCUCAAUUACCUCCACAAUUAUACAAACCCUCCAUAUGUCCACAAGAAUUUGAAGAGCAGCAACAUUCUGUUGGAUGCGAACCUGCGAGCCAAGCUAGCUAACUUCGGCCUCGCAAGAGUGCUGGAAAAUGAAGGUGAAACAGACACAGGAGGAAUGCACCUCACUCGACACGUUGUGGGAACUCAAGGGUAUAUGGCCCCAGAGUACAUGGAGAAUGGAGUAAUUACCCCAAAAUUAGAUGUAUUUGCAUUUGGAGUAGUAAUGUUGGAGCUCUUGUCCGGGAAAGAAGCGGCUCCUGAGAAGAACGCAGGGGAGGAGAUGCUGUCUGCAUCCAUAAAUGGGGUGCUGGAGGGGGACAACGUCAGACAGCAAUUCUAUGGGUUCAUGGACCCUUCCUUAGGAAAUCAGUACCCCUUAGACCUGGCUUUCUCCCUUGCCCAGCUCGCUCAGACCUGCGUUUCUCCUGAUAUUAAUGCUCGCCCCUUCAUCACCCAAGUUGUCAUCUCUAUCUCUAAGAUUCUCUCAUCCUCGCUAGAUUGGGAUCCAUCCCUUGAGCUUCAAAGCUCCAAGUCAAUAAGCAGCGGCAGAUAAAUAAAAGGCUAAUGGCGCUGCACUCAACUGAAAUCGGCUAUGCUCCUGAGAUUUCUGUCCAACGAGUGCAAUUGAAUUACUUGCAGGUUGCAGCUGCACCAAUUCAUAUGCAAAAAACACAGCAUGGUCCUCCACCAGCAAGCCGGAACAGCUGUGGAGCCCGAUCUUUCAAUUAAACCUUACGACACCAAGACAGAACCAACAGCCCUUUUUUGAUGUAUUUGUCCAACGCUUAAUGCAGAAGCUUCAAAAAAACUAAACAUCUUCCACAAGUGUGAACUCAAUUAGAUAACUCCCUCAAUAAGCUUCUGCAAAACCUUCCAAUAUCGCAAACAGGAAGGAUUUGUAUGAAUUGCUCGAAGGACCCAUUUCCGAGGGGUUUGACAGAAUUCCACAUUGGACAACGAGUCCAAUCCAUAUUCUGACUGUCUUGCAAGCAAAUGCAUUUGAAAGAAGAGUUCUGCAGGUCUCAUUUCUGAGGAAAGCAUGAAAGAAUAUGAGAACAUAUGCUAUAUACAAGUUUUUCCCUACAUAUUUAUUAACCAUCUAUAGCAGUAACUUAAUCAGCAGCUGUCACAUAUUCCCACCACCUACUAGUAUCCAAUAGUCUCAUUAACAUGCAUUAACAAUCUUUAACAGUAGCUAAAUCAGUAUUCAUUCAUAGGCAAUAAAUAAUCUUUCCAAAUUCCAAAGGGUAACUAACUAAAAUCACAAUGACGGGUUCAAAAGCAACUUCAUCUCUAUCUCACACGUACACAUGCAUACAUGGAUCAUAAACAUACCUGCUGGCCAAGAAUACCACUCAAGCCGGAGGUUCUUCUGCCACUUCUGCUUAGAACCAAGACUCCCUUCUGCUUGUGCCAGCAAUAAGGAUACAAUAGGCAAGGGGGUAAUGGAAUUUGCGUGAGCUCCGGUGAGACUCUUUACAGCAAGUGACAAGAACUGGGAACUACACGACUGCCUCGCAAGCUCCAUACAGGUAGUACCUGGAUUCAUCAAUUAUUAGAUCAUAAACACAAGAAAUGACCAAUCUAUGUUAUCUAUAUAUAUCAUCAAGAAGCGCUGGUCUAUGAUCAUAUAAUAAUAAUAUUUACUCCCUCCGUCCCAUUGAAGAAGGGACAGCCCAUUUUACAUGUCCCACUUAAGAAGGCCAUAUCGUGUUUUCUGUGCCAAUUUAUAUAAAUUGGCCUCUUUUACCCACUUUCUCUUUCUAUAAUUAAUGAUUAUUAGUCUAUAUACAAAUUAUACGACCAUCAUUAAUAGGGGUAAAAUAAGAAAAAACUAUAGUAACUAAUGUUUUCUUAAAUUAUGUGUAAAAGUCAUUUGUCCCUUCUUAAAUGGGAUGGAGGGAGUAUUUAGGAAUAGAAAGACAGCAAUAUUUACUAGGCUCAAGACCAAUUUAGUAAUAGAACAUACCAUGGCAGAGAAAAAGACAACUGUCAACACCCGCCAAUGAAUAUGCUUGCGCAAAACAUUCUUCGGAUGAUGAAAAGUCCUGCUUCCAUGAAGAUACUAAACCAAAAACAACAUUGAAUACAGCCAUCCACAUGUUCCAUGAAUACUUCCAUUCUUUUGAGCCUUCUUCGAAACUCAGCUCUGAUAUAUUUGAGUCAGAGUGAAUGCCAUACUGAGCUUCCAAGAUUUUAAGGCAUACCCAUCCUAUAUGGUAGUCUGUCCUAAGCUCCAGGCAUCUUACAUACUCUUCCUGAAGGUUUAAGAGAUUAGCUUCAGCAGCAUAGACUCUACAUAGCAGCAAGUGCCCAAAAAACAAAUAGUUCACAGGAAGCGAAAGCGACACAGCUCUUUUAGCAAGCUUGAUACAGCCUAUUGGAUUCCCAACUUGCAAACUAAUUUCAGAAUGACAAAGCAGAAGCUGAAACUUUUGAUAUUGAUAUGACAAGCUUUCUCUAGCAUAUAGCUCAUUGCCAAGUGCCGCUUUUAUCAGUCGUCCGAGAGCUACACAUAGUUGCCGAGGGAAUCUCUCCUCUCGAGCCCUCUGUAAAAUAUUAAGUAUAAGCAAAUAUCGUGCAUUAUGAUUCCAAGGUUCUUGGCGUAAGUAUCUGCAUGUUUCAAGAAGAACAGAUCAAUCACCACAGCUGUUAUGUCUAAUGUGUAGGAGAAGCUAUAUUUUUGAGAUUUUGCAUCUCUCUAAAUGGAAACUUUAAUUAAAAAAAGAUUGUGAAACCGCAUUAUACCAAAGUAUUUUAUUAGAAAAAAAUUCAGAAAAUGCAUCUUUUAGUUUCAACAAAAGAAGUCAAAUCCAAAUAAUGAUCUAGAAAACCUAAGAUAAAGAGCAAGCUUUUUUCCAUACUUUUGCAGUUGUUGAAUGCCGCUAGGCCCAUUCUGGCACUGAUACCCGCAAGUGGGGAAGGAAUACUUCGGAUCUUUGUUGCCAACUGCAUAGCAAGCAACGGAUCCAGCACCAAGGAUCUCGCAAGCUGACUUUAAUCCCACUUUAUUGGUAUUACAAGGACGGUCUAUUGUAGAACACCUACUUGCAACAUGAGUUUCUUUCCACUCUUCACUGGAUAGCAAAAGAUGACCGAGUAGAUUCCUGUUCCCAUGAUGUUUGGAUCAGGGGCAAGGCAGAUAGAAAACAGUUAAAAGUAGUCGAUGGGCUUACAAGAAGCUCCGACAGAAAACCAUAACAGAAAAUUACUGAUAACUAAAAGAUUAAUGCACCAUAAAUGCAUCGGUACAAAAAAUUAGAAGAGCAUAGAACUUAGCAACACUAAAAAGUUCUACAAUCAUCUUUAAAAUAAGUUUUCUACAAAUUGAGCAUGAAUAAUGAAUGUGCGUGUAUGAUAUAGCCUAUGAAUCAAAUCCCAGGGGUUAGCUUAUAGAUCUUACUUUUGUGAAUCCAGACAUCAAUUAAUGCAAUCAUCACAAGGAAAAUUAAGAGAAAGAAUAGUUGCAAUUGUCACCAAUAUUCAUCAAUUAUGCCAUUAAAGUUAGACGUCGCACAUGGUCAAAUUGGAUAUAGAAAGAAGAGUCAACACGAGAAGUAAAAGACUGAAUAUUGUACUAGUACUUCAGCUCAGUGAGCUCACUUCCUUCAUAUGUCUCAACAAAUCAACUGUUAACUCUACUCAUAUCUUGAUGAAAGAAGAGCUUAAAAGGAGUCGGGAUUAAUAGAUAGUCUAAUGGACCAUUGUCAAAGAGUUUUAUGAUGGUUAGACUAGACUCUAACCAGGUGAAAGAAUCUGGACUCUAAUUACAUACAGAAGAUACUGAAACCUUGGCAUCACCAAGUAUAAUGAAAAUUAUGUUGUACCUUAUCAGUUCACUGUUAGGGUACUUAUGAAGUGCCUUUUUUAGGUGAUCGAUUCCACUCAGAAAUCCAAGGAAAUAUUCUGAUCCAUGUUUUAUCUGUAUUGGCCCAAGAAUACGAAUUUUAAGUAUUAAUUUUCAGAUAUAAAAAAAUUACUGCCCAGAGCUCAACAUUAUAUCUGAAGUUCCAAAAUGCAAUAAACUUACUAAUUUACCAAGCGCUAUUAAAUAGUGCAUUCCAGUGAUAUCUUCUUGAGAAACAAUAGAGCUGCGGCUACUGGAAACAGCUGACUCAAGCCGAUUACUCUGAUCAAGAGCAUGUAUAGCAGACAGUAUGAAGCUGACUUUUGAGCUCUGGAAAAGUUCUUUUGGGAUUUUUACAAUUCUAGGAAUUGCUGAAUCUAGUCCACAAAUGUAAUAAAGCAAUCUGCAGAAAAAACUAACAGAAGCAGCUGCAGAUGUUUGCUCCAUUGUAGAAAACCUGCCAGCCAGAUCAAUUGCCACAGAGAGGGCAAGGUCACUCUUACCAAGUUGCCACAGAGAAAAGGCAUAAAUUUGGAGGCCUCCCGGAUCAAGAAUACCUUGAAGAAAUAAAAAUGAAUCACAUUGCAAGACUUAAAAAUAACUGUAUAUAUGUUUAUUUUUCUAAAAGAACUAGUAAUAACACAACUUAAGCUGAAAAAAAUGAAUUCCAAGAUUGCAAACCAUGCAACACGUACUAUACAACUGUGGUAUUCUUUUAAAUUAAGUGCUGUAUAACUCGAUUUCACCUCAUGUUAAACAAUUUCAAGAAUCCGUAUGACAUAAAGAAGCAUUAAACUAAAAAUUGUAGCAAUAAUGCAUUAGCCCAUUAGGUACAUGCACAUGACUUAAAUAGGAUGAAGAAAUGAAGGUUAGAGUAUACAAAUUAAUAUGCAUAUACUUAAAUUGAACCUUCUUUCAUCAAAUUUUCACAUUCUUGAACAGCAUCUGCAGCAUACCCAGCCUGCACCAAAUGAAAAUACUUACUAAAGAGAAGGCAUUUGAGUAACACAUACAGGUCCAUGCAGAAGCUUAAAGUAGAUAUAAAAAAACAAGAGAAACCUAAAAGUAAAAUGAGAAAACAAGACCAACGAGAUUACCUUACAAAGGGUUCGGGCCAAGUUAACUGCUAUAUCGUGAAAAUGAGAUUUUGAAGCAUUGCCUGAUGAAAUGUUGAUCAUGCAGCGUGCUAGCCUAUAUGAGGCAAUAGCUGCUUGAUAAUCACAUCGUGCCUCGCAAACUAGCCCUUUCAGAUUAUGAGAUUCAGGAUAGUGCGGAGCGCGCAAGACUGCCAGGUGAAUGGCUCCAAAUACCUGUAGGAUAAUUAGCUAUUAGAUGACCUUCAUAAGCAAGUCCCUGUUAGCUUUUGAAUCAAAAAGGACAUAAUGGGAAUGUAUUUCUUUGAUAGACAAAAUUUGCUUGCUUUCAUAAGAAUGGUCAUACCUGUGAAGAUGCAAGGUGCCCUGAAAGAAAAGCAAGCUUAACAAGACCGAGUUGGAACUCCGCCAGCUGCCACAAAUGGAGCAGCAAGUACAGCCAUGCAAGGCAUCAGUAAACAAGAAGGUAAUAACUCAAGUAUAUCUUUUCACAAGUACUCAUAUCAACAUGAAACAACCAAAAAAGCUAGCUAGCAAAUUAAAUGCCUAUUACUAGUUUCACUCUCACAACAUAUUUGAAGAGGAAAAGAAGGGAAGGGUACAGAUUUUUUACAGGCAAUAUCUGCACGGCUCUUAAACAGCUCUCAAAAGCCUCAUCUACUACAGGCUUCCUGAAAGGAAAAAAAAUAGUUGACAUCAAAUAGCAGUCAAAUGAUAAUAUGUCGAACGAAUAUGUCUUUUUACCAAGUGAAAUUGUAAUAAAAAGCUACCUAGUAUCCGCAUCCGCUGCCAUCCCUGCCCAUGGUAAUGCAAGUGAAGGAUCUACACUUCUAGCACAAUCAAAUGCUUGUCUUGCCAAUUGCAUCCCGCCUUCUUCUCUGAAUAGCUGUGAAAGAAAAAAUCAAAACAGAGUAGAAACAAACCAAAGUAAACUACCCUGAGGAUACUCAGACAAUUGUUCAUAUUACAUAAUGCCCAACAUCAAUGGGACUUCCCGUGCCCAAAAAUUCUAAUUGUUUCCGAGCACUGCUUGCAGUGGCAUAGCUACAUGGUGGCUAAGAGGAGCAUUUGCCCCUCUUAUUUUUUGAAAGAUACAAUUUUUUAAAGUAAUUUUUUAAAGUAAUUUUUUUAAAAUUUGUCAUGGUAUUUAGACAAUUAUUACAUAUUGACCCCCUCAAUUUCAAUAGAUUUUAAAUUCUGUAUAUCAUAUGAAUUUUUUUCUAUUUUGCCCCACUUAAUUUCGAUUCCUGUACGCCCUUUAAAAUUUACAAGCUGGUAGUUAUACGAAACACCGGACCGUCCAGAAUGUUUGAAAAGUUUAUCAAAUGUUUAAAAAGUUUAUCAGUUAGCAAGGAUUUGAUGUUGGGCUAUCUCCAUAAUCAAACUAUAGUUGACUACAAAGAAAUGAGAGACAUGUUAAGGAUCAGCUUUUGCUUUUAUGAUUAUUACUAGUAAGGAUUCAAUAGAAAGCUACUCUGAUCUAUAAAUGUCUAUUGUGAGUUUCACAGGCGCAGUUAUGUCUGUUCUCUUAGUUAUUCAGAAAUAGAGAUCCCCAAACUUUAAACUUGAAUCCCAUCAACAAAUCCUGAGUUCCUGACCAUUUCAUAUAAUAAUUUUUCCACCUAACUACCAUCAGAAUUUCUCUGAAGAUAUCUAUAUCACUUAUAUUUCAUGCAAUGUCAGAAAGAAAACUUCAACAGCAUGAAAAGAUAAAUUUCUAUGAUACAUGUAUACAUGAGGAAACUUAUAGGUGUUUUCUAUGGUUACUUUGUUUUUUCAAAGUAAAUGUUACUUUGCCUAUUUAUCACCAUUAGAUGAAUUAAAAUCACUUUCAUCCGAUGGUAAAAUAGACAAGGUAGAUAAAAAUAAAGUAACCAAUCUUUAGUGAGAAUAAAAUCCAAACUUGACAAGUUGACAACAAGUCUGAAAUUUUACGCUUUCUAUGUAAUAGAAGACUAACCUGAUAAGGGAUUAAGAAAAUUCACAAGUUAGUAACAGAAGUCAAAUCCACCUUACACACACUCGAAAUUAUUACCAAGAAAGCAAAAGAGGACAGCAUUUCAUCCUAUGCACACAGUACCUUCCCAAGAAAUGCCCAAGCAACGGCUGAAGAUACAUCCAAUUGCAACCCCCUGAUCAAGGCAUGUUGCUGCAUUGCGUUAUGACCGGAUAAACACCCUAGUGCUACCCAGAACUCAGGGUUGUCACUCUCAAGUAACAAGGCCCCCAAAGCCAUCUUCUCUGGUAGCUGCC